AUGUUCGCCUCCCGUUAUAUUCCCCGCCGCCUUGGACUGGUCGGCCAGCUCCGAAGCCUGUUUAUUCAAACCCAGUCAACGCCCAACGAGAAUGCGCUUAAAUUUGUGCCCUCAGAGUUCAAAUUUUUGCCUUCUCCUAACACUCCUACAUUAGAGAUCACAGGUAUAAAAGACGCAUUGAACAAAUCAGAGUUGGCAUUCAAGCUUUUGAGCGUAAAUGACAAAUCCAUCAAGUCGAUUCUGUUUGGCUACAAUUUCAUAACCGUGAUCAAGGGAGAGAAGCACAGUUGGUCGUUGCUGAAACCUGAGAUCUUUUCGAUUUUAACUGAACAUUUAACAUCAGGACAGGCAGUGAUAAAUCAGAAGUACAUUGACAUAUUGGGACAGCAGUCAGCAGAAAAUGAGGAUCUUGAUGGAUACGAGGACGAAGACGAAGUUGUUGCCUUGAUCAACGAACUUUUGAUUACAAGGAUUCAGCCGGCCAUACAAGAAGACGGAGGUGACAUCAAGUUUGUUAGAUUUGAUGAGGAUACGGGAACAGUAUUUUUGAAGCUGAUUGGGGCUUGUAAGAGUUGCUCUUCUAGCGAGAUCACAUUGAAGAAUGGCAUUGAAGAGAUGCUCAAGUUUUACAUCGACGAAGUUAAAAGCGUGGAGCAAGUUACGGACGAAGAACCGAUCAUGGAAGAUUACCAGCGCGCUAAGGAAGAGUACCCUCCAAGUUUAUGA